ACUGUUUUCAAUAUUUUUUCCUCAACAUAAUAUUACGAUUACGAAUAUCAGACAUUUUUCGCUGCACACCUAGACCUAGUUGAUCUCGCAACAUAGUAGUACUGUCACUGUACACCAGUUGAGACUUGAGACUCACUGGGUAGUGGGUCUAGACGUUUGUUUUUUGUUGGUUUAUUUUACAAGAAUUUUCUCCUCUUACAAUUUAGAUAGCCACUGCCCGCAGCAGGGUAGAAACUACUACUCAGUUAGAUCGCUUAAUUUGGAGUUAGAUUAUAAUAAUUAAUAUAUAAUAUAUAAAUUAAUAAGAUAAUACUAAAACAAWAUGCAUCUACAUAAUUUAACUACAUCUUUAGUAUAAUGUGAWUCAAUGUUUAUUAUUAAUACAAUUACUAACUCUCUUYAGUGCUUCCGACUAUCUAGUUCAAUCACUAGGUAUAUUUAAAACAUAUAUUAGAUGAUAUUGYAUAAUAUCAUAAUAAUAUAAUACAUUAUUAAUUARCAAUUAUAAUAUUGUGACGGGCAAACCACCUGGAAAGCAGAGAAAUUACAUUCAAUUGUAAAGUAGAGGAUCAUUCAAUAGUUUAUUUAGAUAAUUGUAUGAUUGUAUUUCUAAACCAAUAUGCCACUGAAAGGAUUAAACAUAUUAGAAUUUUCUGGACUUGCACCUGUACCUUUUGUUGGAACUGUAUUAUCUGAUUUUGGAGCAAAUGUGACUGUAAUACAAAAAAAAAAUGUUGGUAUGGAACUUACAAACUUUUUUAACGKUGGCAAAAAGUCUAUAAGUAUCAAUUUAAAACAUCCAGCAGGUGUUGAAAUUACACAGAAAUUAAUCACUAAUGCUGAUAUUGUACUUGAACCUUAUAGACCUGGUGUAAUGGAAAAACUGGGAUUAGGUCCUGAUGAAAUGAUGGCCAAAAAUCCUCGUUUGAUAUAUGCUCGAUUGAAUGGUUAUGGCUCACAUGGACUAUAUGCACCAAGAGCUGGGCAUGAUAUAAAUUAUUUAGCCAUGUCGGGGUUGUUAUCAUUGUAUGGUUCAAAGAAUUCAAAACCUGUUCCUCCCGUAAAUUUUUCUGAAUUCGCGGGCGGUAGUAUGGUAUGCGUAAUGGGAAUUUUAAUGGCAGUCAUAGAAAGAUAUAAAAGUGGAAAAGGACAGGUAGUUAACGCCAAUAUAACUGAAGGAAUUUCUUAUGUUGGAAGUUGGUUGAUGUGUUCACAAGACUCAAUGAUUUGGGGGAAAUCAAAAGGACAGAAUUUACUGGAUGGAGGAAUGCACUUCUAUGAUACAUACAAAACCAAAGAUGGUAAAUGGAUGGCUGUUGGUGCAUUAGAACCACAAUUUUAUCAAGAAUUUAUUAAAGGAUUAGGAUUGAACAUUGAUGAUAUUGAACAGAUGGAUAAUUUUGAGAGAAAUAGAGAAAUUAUUGCAAACAAAUUUAAAGAAAAAACACGAGAAGAAUGGUGCWAUAUAUUUGAUUUAAAAGAUGCUUGUGUAACUCCUGUGUUAGAGCUGGAUGAAGUUGACCAACAUCCUCAUAAUGCAAGUAGAAAUUCAUAUAUCAGGAAAGAUAAUAUUGUGCUGCCUGUUCCUGCACCAAAACUAAGUGUUACUCCUGGCGUUUCAAGUUCAAAUAAACCAACUGCAGUUUGUGGACAGGAUACAAGGGAAAUACUUGAAAGUAUUGGAUAUACACAAAUAGAAAUCAAUAAACUAUUUGAAAAUAAGAUUAUAUUUCAASACUCAAAAUCCAGGUUAUAAUUGGAUAUUUUAUUUUCACAGGAUUAUAAUGUAAGCUGUAAGCUUUUGUCACCAUGUUUUUACGUAAUAAAUGGUUUUGUUUUCUGUGAUUGUA